GAGAUGCUGAGAGAGUAGCAGUUAAUUCAGCAGUGAUGGCCUGCAUGCCUGGUUAGCAUAUUUCUGUGUCUGUUUGUAAUACACGCCGUCAUGGAGAAAAGAAAUGAGAAGUUGUUCUCUAGAAAAAGAAGUUUCACAUUCGGAGCUUACGGAGGGAUUGACAAAUUCAUCACUGGAACUGAGAGCAGCUGUGCUGAAUCUGUGGGACACAGCAUACUGGAGAUUUUAGAUUCACCCUCCAGUGAGGCUAAGCCACUCACCUCUGCCACAUCCAGCCAGAAGGUGACAGAGUUGUUUGCGAUAAUUGAAAAGCUACAGGGUAGCAGAUUGGAUGAACAGCGUUGUGAGUUCCCACCCCCUUUGAAGACACGCCUUUUAAAGAUUGGAGAUGGUUUACCUCUCAUCCUGCCCCCUCAAUCUGGAGGCUAUUGGAUCGAUCCUCCCUUGGACAGACAUGUGGAGACCAGCCCAACUUUCUCACAAGGGGGGUUUGGCCUGGAAAGCUACGAUAUCAUGGAACGAGACAGUGAAGCUAAAAUGUACCAGGAAUUCUUCCGCCACAGAUAUCAUCAUUCUUUCACAGCCUCUGACCCCUCUCUUGGGCCUUUAGUUUUGUCUAUUUGUCUUGAAGAAGAAGAAAAUCGCCUGCGAGUCAUUCUGAGGAUGAAGGAAUGCUCUCUUCAUGGAACAUUCUCUGUUUCUCUCUUUCAACACUUCCCAACAGCCGUAGAGUUGGCAAAGAUGCUGUGCUCAAAUGUCAGUAUAUCAUGUUUUGAGCCUGUGAUUUACUUAAAGGCCCCUGAGCUCAUAAUGGCAUUUGAUGAACACAGGGUGUCUCAAAACUUUAAAUUUGGGGUCUUGUACCAGAGAGAAGGACAGUUAACUGAAGAAGAUAUUCUCAGCAACAAUGAGGAAAGUGAAGAGUUUUUGGAGUUUCUGUCGAUACUAGGACAGACAAUCAAACUACAAGGAUUUACUGGCUUUAGAGGAGGCUUGGAUGUGUCUCAUGGCCAGACAGGAGAUGAGGCAGUGUUCACCUCCUUCCAUGGAAGAGAGAUUAUGUUUCAUGUUGCCACUAAACUCCCCUUCACUGAAGGUGAUACCCAACAGCUACAGAGAAAAAGACACAUUGGCAAUGAUAUAGUUGCUUUGGUUUAUCAGGAGGGUCAUACACCUUUCAUCUCGGAUGUGAUCAGAUCCCACUUCUUGCAUUGUUUCAUCGCAGUACGGAGGAUAAAGAGAGAAAGUGAGGGAGAGGGAGGGGAUGGAGGAUCAUUUCAGGUGUCUAUCACUGCUAGGGAGGAUGUGCCCCCAUUUGGCCCGCCUCUUCCUUCACCACCCAUUUUUACAGAGGGUUCUGUUUUGAGAGAGUUCCUCCUGACCAAACUUAUAAAUGCUGAAAUCUCUUGCUACAAAGCUGAGAGAUUCAGUCGACUGGAGUUACGCACACGUUCAUCUCUCUUGGAAGCACUGCGGUCUGAACUAUCUUCCCGCACUCAGUGCAUGCUGGGAGAGCCGACACAGUCCAGCAUCCCCCUCACUGAAGGAGGGAGGGGUGUUCCAGAGGCCAGUGGGGGAUUCAUUGAAAACUUUAAGAGAGCUAUAAGGGUGCGUAGCCACUCAUUCGAUACCUUGGGAGUACCAAAGAAAGCUGGUGGUGUGGCAGGACAGAAACCAAAGGAGGGUGAAAGUGACCCAACAAGCAAGCCUGAUGUGUGCUUCACUGAGGUGAAAGGUCAAACAAGUCCGCAAGAUGACCUAUAAAGGGCAACCUAAAACUUCUAAAUUUGCUGAAGACAUGAAGAAGGGUGCUUAUUGUUCAUUAGACAUGAUACAAAGCACAUUUAAGUAAUAAGCACAUUAAAGGCGGGGUUCAUGAUUUUGGAAAAACACUUUGGAAAAGGGGGUCGGGUUGAGUACCAAAACACACUUAGCCAAUCAGCAGA